AUGAGAAAGUGCAAUUAUUCAAUUCAAGAUUUGGAAAAUAACAGUAAAAACAUGAAAAUUGUUUGGAUAAUUACCUCUUUUGCUGGUAACAUUUAUAAAAGAAGGAUUUUAAGACAGGCUUACAGAGUAAAUGAAUUAAAAUUAUUAGGAAUAAAACGGAUUUUUUUACUUGGUGUAUUAGAUAAAAAAUUGCAAAGAAAAACUGGAAUAACACAGAUUGCAAUUGAGAAGGAAGCUGAAAGUUUUCAAGAUAUUGUACAGGGUAAUUUUAUUGAAGCAUAUAAAAAUUUAACUUAUAAACAUUUAAUGGGACUUAAAUGGGCUGUAGAUACAUGUGGUAAUAAUUAUUCUUAUAUUAUGAAAAUGGAUGAUGAUAUUAUUAUUAAUUUAUAUGAAACAAAAAUACUUUUACAAAAUAAAUCAAACUCAAAUAAAACUAAACAAUUGUUAAUGGGAUAUAUUUUAGAAAAUAUGUCUCCAAUAAGAAAUAAAUCCAGUAAAUGGUAUGUCAGUAAUGAAGAGUUCUCAGGGAAUGUCUACCCAACAUUUAUUUCUGGAUGGUUUUAUAUUGUUGAUAUGUUCACAGCAUUAAAGUUAAUCUAUCAAAGUAAAUAUUAUUCAAAAUAUUUUUGGAUAGAUGAUCUGUUUAUCACAGGUAUUUUAAGAGAAGAAGCUGGAAUUCAUAAUUUUGUUAAUAUUAAUAAUUAUUUUACAUUAGAUCAUAGGUUUUUAAAAUGUUGUAUGAAAGAAAAAAAAAAACAGUCUAAAUAUAAAUGUGAUUUUAUUGUUGGACCUGAUGGUGGUGAUAAUAGUUUAUUAUUGACAUUUCAGAAAUAUAGCAAAAAUUGUUAUCAAUAUAAUUGUAAAUCUCGUCCAAAAGAACAACUCCUUAAAGAUACAUGUAUCUUAGAUGAUGAGAAUUCUAAUCUGGAUAUAGGACUUGCUCAGAUUAAGAAAUUACCAUUAAAUACAUUAUUUUAA